AUGGAUUCACUUGGUAAAGAAGGUGGAGGGUUCAAUCUACAAGAAGCCGUCACCAAGCUUAUCGAUUCAAAGUACACACCUUCAGAUAUUAACACAGAUCUGAAAUCUGCCCUCCAGACACUCUUGGGUUUAAAAAGAGCUGUUACUGAAACAGCUGUACAACUUAAAGGUGGUCGAAAAACUGAUCCCGAAAAAUGGGAGAAAGUCAAGCUGUUCCUCUAUACUCUUUCGUUCCUCACGAAGGUCACACCCGAGUUUAGCAAGGAUUUAACUCUCAAAUCGCUUCUCGAACUCUUCACCAAUCCAGAAUUUAAGUUUCCUCGAGAAUACUCCAAUAUCUCACAAGCGUUGAUCAAUAAAAUUGAUGCCGAAAAUGGCUUCAACAUACUACCGCCAUCACCUACAUUAACAUCAAACACCGAGUCUGCAGAUAAGAAUGGCGGAAAAAGAAAAUCUAUAACCAAUGAAACACUUAUCUCGGCCAAAAACUCCAGGGAAAAUUCAAUUUCUGGUUCUUCAAAUCCUCCAGCACAAGCUCCUCCCAAUCAUCCUAUUUACGGAGAAAACGGUAUCAUGCGUGGCUUAUUAUGGGAUGGAACUAAUGCGAAGCUCAACCCAGAGACGCGAGAGAUUCACAAAAAGGAUUUUCACGAUUUUGGUCACAAUAAUCUUAAGGUUGGAGAUUGCUGGCCUCUACAACUUGCAGCACUUCGGGAUGGUGGUCAUGGCUGCUCACAAGGUGGAAUCUCUGGGGAUAAGGAGCGUGGAGCUUAUUCCGUCUUGAUUUCAAAAGAUUAUGAUGGAUAUGACUCAGAUCAGGGCGAUACAGUUCUUUAUUCUGCGCCUGGAGCUAAAGAUUCCACAACCGAGGAACCAGACUCCUCAAAUCCUCGUAUACAAUCCAUGAGACAAUCAAUUGUAACGGGAAAGCCAGUUCGCGUUUUCAGAAAUGCUAGCUGCACUUGGAAGGAUAGACCAGCCAUGGGUAUCCGAUACGAUGGAAUUUAUACAGUCAUUGAAAACAAUGUUCAGACCAAUGGAAAGGGAGGCAAAUUCUGGCGUUUUAAAUUGGAGAGAUUGCCGGACCAGGUUCCCAUCCGAACUGAUAAACCUACUAGACAGGAAAUGGCUGAGUUCGAGAAGGUUAAGGAUGGAUAUUAG